CGCUCCGCUCCGGGCUCUGGAUGCGGAACUGGCCGCUCGGCUCAGAGCAGCAGGGGGCGGCGCCGGACGCGGCCUGUGGGGGCAGGUUGAACUUGUCAGACGUUUCCAUGUGGAGUCUCUUCCCUGAAGCAGCUGCAGUGGCUGACUGGAUGACUGGCUGCUGGCUCAAUGAUCAGGAGAUUCACUGAGAUGACCUAGUGAAGGGGACGGGACAAUGUUGCAGAAGAAGAUCUGCCCCCAGUUACUUGACUACCUUGUGAUCGUUGGGGCCAGGCAGCCAAGCAGCGAUAGUGUGGCCCAGACCCCUGAGCUGCUCCGACGUUACCCUCUGGAAGACCAUUCAGAUUUCCCUUUGCCUCCUGAUGUGGUGUUCUUCUGUCAGCCGGAGGGAUGCCUGAGUGUACGGCAAAAACGCAUGAGUCUGCGAGAUGACACCUCCUUUGUCUUCACACUCACAGACAAGGAUUCGGGUGUCAUUCGCUAUGGGAUCUGUGUCAACUUCUACCGAUCCUUCCAGAAGCGAGUGCCCAAAGAGAAAGCAGAAGGCACUGGUGGGCAUCGAGUUCGGGAUGGACAAAAACCCCCCAAACCUGGGGAUGCUUCCGUUGCCCAAGAGGAGGUGGGCAAUGAGAGUUCAGAGAGUGGCUCUUCACUGCACACACCAAGCACAGAGUCCACUCCAGAUGUGAACCGGUCACCACGCAGUAAGCGUGUGGCCAGAGGCAGCCAUCACUCCCGGAACAGCACCCUGACUUCCCUGUGCAUCAUUAGUCAUUACCCCUUCUUCUCCAGCUUCCGCGAGUGUUUAUACAUCCUGAAGAGGCUAGUGGACUGCUGCAGUGAGAGGCUGCUGGGCAAGAAGCUGGGGAUCCCUCGAGGAGUGCAGAGGGAUACCAUGUGGCGGAUUUUCACAGGUGCUCUCCUAGUGGAAGAGAAAUCCAGUGCGUUGCUACAUGACCUGCGUGAGAUAGAGGCCUGGAUUUAUCGCCUGCUCCGCUCACCUAUACCUGUUGCAGGCCAGAAGCGAGUGGAUGUGGAAGUCUUACCACAUGAUUUGCAACCAGCUUUGACGUUUGCUCUUCCUGACCCAUCCCGCUUCACGUUGGUGGAUUUCCCCUUGCAUCUGCCCUUGGAACUUUUGGGAGUGGAUGCCUGUUUGCAGGUGCUGUCCUGCAUCCUGCUGGAGCACAAGGUGGUGCUGCAGUCCCGAGACUAUAAUGCUCUCUCCAUGUCCGUGAUGGCAUUUGUGGCUAUGAUCUAUCCACUAGAGUACAUGUUCCCAGUGAUCCCACUGCUCCCCACCUGCAUGGCUUCUGCAGAACAGUUACUAUUGGCCCCCACACCUUACAUCAUUGGGGUCCCAGCCAGCUUCUUCCUUUACAAACUAGACUUUAAAAUGCCUGAUGAUGUGUGGCUUGUUGACCUGGACACCAAUAAGGUGAUUGUUCCCACAAACGCAGAAUCUUUGCCAGUCCUACCAGAGCCAGAGGCAUUAGAGCUUAAAAAACACCUGAAACAGUGUCUGGUUAGCAUGACUGCAAUCACUCAGCAACAGCUGCUCACGCCUGACAACAAGGCCUUGGCCAGUAUGAGUCUGAAUACCCAGCCUAUUCUUAACCUAGAGAAGUUCCAUGAGGGACAGGAGAUCCCACUGCUCAUGGGAAGACCUCAGAAUGGUCUACAGUCCACCCCUUCCACGGAAUUCAACCCCCUGAUCUAUGGCAAUGAUGUGGACUCUGUGGAUGUGGCCACCAGGGUUGCUAUGGUGAGAUUCUUCAACUCACCAAACGUUUUGCAGGGUUUCCAGAUGCACACCCGCACCCUUCGUCUCUUCCCCCGGCCUGUGGUGGCCUUUCAGGCCAAUUCUUUUCUUGCCUCUAGGCCAAAGCAGACAGCUUUCGCUGACAAGCUGUCUAGGACACAAGCAGUGGAAUACUUCGGAGAGUGGUCACUCAACCCAACUAACUAUGCUUUUCAAAGGAUCCACAACAACAUGUUCGACCCAGCCCUGAUUGGUGACAAACCAAAAUGGUAUGCUCACCAGCUUCAACCAAUCCACUACCGUGUCUAUGAUAGCAAUUCCCAGCUGGCUGAGGCAUUGAGUGUCCCCAUAGAGAAGGAAACAGAUUCUGAACCUACUGAUGACAGUGGUAGCGACAGCGUGGAUUAUGAUGACUCAAGUUCUUCCUACUCCUCCCUUGGUGACUUUGUCAGCGAGAUGAUGAAAUGUAACAUUAAUGGCGAUACCCCAAAUGUUGAUCCCCUGACACAUGCAGCCCUGGGUGAUGCCAGUGAGGUGGAGUUUGAUGACUUCCAGGAAUAUUCAGGGGAUCUGGAUGCGCAGGCUCUGGACAGUGAGAGCUCCCUGGACAACAACCAGCCUCGCUCAAGUUCCAGCACUACAGCCAGUAGCAGCCCCAGCACUGUCAUCCAUGGGGUGAAUCACGAGUCAGCAGAUUCAGCGGAGAUGGAGGAGAAGAUGAUUGCUGGGUUUUCAAAUCACCUUCCCUCCUUGCCGCUGCAACCAAACUUCCCCAAGAUGAAUCUGGAACGUCGUGAUGGUGAAAGCCCAGCUGGCAGCAUGAGCUCUGUGGAGGGAAUGGUGAAGAAACGAGAGUAUGAUAAUCCAUACUUUGAACCACAGUAUGGGUUUCCUACUGAGGAAGAGGAUGAGGAACAGGAAGAGAGCUACACCCCAAGAUUCAACCAGAAUCUGACUGGGAAUCGGUCUCAGAAGCUACUACGUCCUAACAGUUUAAAACUGGCCAAUGACUCUGAUGCGGAGUCGGACUCACGGGGCAGCUCCCCAAAUUCCACCAUCUCCAACAACAGCAGCGAAGGUUUUGGGAGCCUUAUGUCUUUUGCCAGCAGCCUGUACAGGAACCACAGCACAAGUUUCAGUUUGUCCAACUUAGCCCUACCAACCAAAGCUGGGAGAGACAAGAACACUCCCUUCCCCAGCCUGAAAGAUUACUUUAAUCUGGAAGUGGGAAGGGAUUUGAAUGAAGUAUUUGGGUUAAAUACUAUGAUGGAGAUUAUUACUGAAGCUGGCCCUGUAAACAAUGAAGGGAACAGGAGGGCCCUGGUGGAUCAGAAGUCUUCAGUUAUUAAGCACAGCCCAACAGUGAAGAGGGAAUCUCCAUCACCUCAGGGGCGAACCAGCAAUUCCAGUGAAAACCAACAAUUCCUGAAGGAGGUUGUGCACAACGUUCUUGAUGGGCAGGGUGUUGGCUGGCUGAAUAUGAAGAGAGUCCGGCGUCUGCUGGAGAGCGAACAGCUCCGUGUCUUUGUACUAAGCAAACUGAACCGCACCAUCCAGUCAGAGGAGGAUGCUCGGCAGGAUGUCAUCCAGGACGUGGAGAUCAACCGCAAGGUUUACAAAGGGAUGCUGGACUUGCUGAAAUGCACUGUGUCAAGCCUGGAGCAGUCGUAUGCAAACGCUGGCUUGGGAGGCAUGGCCAGUGUCUUUGGCCUGCUGGAGAUAGCACACACUCACUAUUAUAACAAAGAACCAGAAAAAAGAAAACGAAGUCCAACAGAUGGAGCAGCCACUCCGAUUGGCAAGGACCCUGGUUUAGCCAUGAGGGCAGAACCGAAGCCUACAAUGAAACUGCCAGUGCCCCAGCUCAUGCCAAGGGUACCAAGCCCUGCAGGAAAAGGGACAAGGGAGUUUGACACAAGGAGUCUAAAGGAAGAAAAUUUUAUUGCUUCCAUUGAAUUGUGGAACAAGCACCAGGAAGUGAAAAAGCAAAAAGCUUUGGAAAAACAGAGGUCAGAAGGUGUGAAACACUUCUUUGAUCUGGGAGAGACAGACGAGAAAAAAUCCCAAAUCAGUGCAGACAGCGGCCUGAGUUUGACAUCAGGCUCUCAGAAGAGUGAUUUGGACUCUGUUGCCAGUGCAGGACCGGCUGUUAUGAUCCGAAGCACAAGCCAGGAUUCUGAAGUUAGCACAGUGGUUAGUAACAGCUCUGGAGAGACAUUAGGAGCGGACAGUGACUUGAGCAGCAACGCUGGUGAUGGCUUCAGUGGGGAGAAUGGUGGGAACCUGACAGGAUCACGGAACACUGUAUCAGACAGUGAAAUUGAGACAAACUCUGCUACUAGCUCCAUCUUUGAUGAACAUCAGGAAAGAUUUCACAACAGUGAGACCUGCCGGACUCUGGAAUCUCCUAAAGAGGGUAAAUCUCAAAGCCUGAAGCACAGUGUGAAGGAUAUCAAGGGCAGCAGCCCGGGGAGAGCUCUGGAGGAUGUGAGCCUGCGGGUUUACCUCUAUGAAGGGCUUCUGGGGAGGGAUAAAGGAUCUGUCUGGGACCAGUUAGAGGACGCUGCAAUGGAAACCUUUUCUCUAAGUAAGGAGCGCUCAACACUGUGGGACCAGGUACAGUUCUGGGAAGAUGCUUUUCUGGAUGCUGUGAUGUUAGAGAGAGAAGGAAUGGGAAUGGACCAGGGACCUCAGGAAAUGAUCGACAGGUACUUAUCCCUGGGAGAACAUGACCGAAAGCGCUUGGAGGAUGACGAAGACCGCCUACUGGCUACACUACUGCACAACAUGCUUGCCUACAUGCUUAUGAUGAAGGUGAGCAAGAAUGACAUUAAGAAGAAGGUGCGUCGUUUGAUGGGGAAAUCGCACAUUGGAUUGGUGCAGAGCCAGCAAAUAAACGAGUUACUAGACAAAGUGGCUAACCUAGGCGUCCGAGAGCUGUCUGUCCGGCCCAGCGGCAGCAGACACAUCAAGAAGCAGACGUUUGUAGUACAUGCCGGGACAGAUACAACAGGAGACAUCUUCUUCAUGGAAGUGUGUGAUGAUUGCAUUGUGCUGAGAAGUAACAUUGGAACUGUGUACGAACGGUGGUGGUAUGAGAAACUCAUCAAUAUGACAUACUGUCCUAAAACGAAAGUGCUGUGUCUCUGGAGGAGGAACGGCCAGGAGACACAGCUGAAUAAGUUCUACACCAAGAAGUGUCGGGAAUUGUAUUAUUGUGUAAAAGACAGUAUGGAGCGAGCAGCAGCAAGACAGCAAAGUAUUAAACCAGGACCUGAAUUGGGUGGUGAGUUCCCAGUGCAGGAUAUGAAAACUGGUGAAGGAGGGCUUCUGCAAGUCACGCUGGAAGGAAUUAACCUGAAGUUUAUGCAUAGUCAGGUUUUCAUAGAGCUGAAUCACAUUAAAAAGUGCAAUACUGUGCGAGGAGUCUUUGUCCUGGAGGAAUUUGUUCCUGAAACUAAAGAAGUGGUGAGCCACAAGUACAAGACACCAAUGGCCCAUGAGAUCUGCUAUUCCGUGUUGUGUCUCUUCUCUUAUGUGGCUGCUGUUCGUGGGAAAGAGGUAGAAAACAAAAGCAAACCCCCUCGGCCAGUUUCCAGCUGAUCACAAUAUUGGGAAAUGCUUGCCCACUGGCACAUUGGUGUGUAAUACUCCCAUUUCUGUUGCUGUUACUGGAGCUCACAUUGCUGAUUCCAGUUAGAAUUUGGUUAUUUAUGUAUGAUCCUGCAAGUCCUUCCCCUUAGAAAAGAUUAAAACUUUCUUGUUCAUUCUCCUGCUGAAUUCAUUCUUACUGGAGUUUUUACACCAGCUGUGCUUAUCAGACAGUUCUGAGCAUCAGCAUCCAGCUAUAACUGAAGAUGGCUUGCUCUGGGCAAUCCUUUGGAAUUCCAUUUUCAAGAAGACUAAUGCAUCUGGAGUUCAGUUGUUUUUGUUUCCAGUGGUACCUGUGUCACAGGUUUCUUCACUUACAGCUGUAGGCCUCUGCUUUCAGAUUCUUCAAAAAAUAUGCACAAAGGAAGCAGCUUGGUCCUGCAUGGAUCACCUGUUGUUGUUUAACUGUGAUAGUUUGUAUUUAUUUUCCUUCUGUGUUUUCACACUUUACCCACCAAUUUGGAGUUCUUGCCAUAUGGCCCUCAGAUCUUUUCAGUAAAGAUGAGCAAUUUAGCUACCUUAAACUCCUCUGAAAUAGCCUACAAUUAGAUAUGGUGCUUUAAGAUUGAAUGUUAAAUGUAUAAAACUAUGGAAUUACUUCUUCUCUGGUGGGCGAAGGAUUGCUUGCUUUUAAUAAUGGAUAGGCACCAUGGAGGGGAGAAACUCGGAGGCUAUGCUUUAUGAAAUCCCCUUCAAACUGGUAUGCAUGUAACGUAUGUGUUUUUCAAAUGGGAAAUUAGAGCCACUCUGCUAACAUCCCAGGAGUGCAGUUAAUUAAUAUAUGCAUAUUGUGGUAGCUAGAGCAGUUAAUCUAAAUGUGUAGGAAUAAGUAAAGAGAGGUAAAAACUUAGAGAGAGUGAGUGCUAUUGGCUGAAGCAUAUGGCAAACUCAUGUAACGUGGGAUUAUCACUACAAUCCCCCUAAAGUACUUCUAUUAGAGUCUGCGUACACUGGUUCUGUAGAAAACUUGCAGAAACCCACAAGCUUAUGCAAAGUGCAUUGUGGGGAUUCAACUUUUUGUGGUGAUGGUACUGUAAAUGCUGGUUCCAGAUUUUGUUUUUUUUAACUACUGCUUCUGUCAAACUGUACAUGUAUGUGUCAGAGUUUUGCAAAUACUGUGUAAUGAAGCACCCUCAGUUAAAGUAUCCAUCUCACACCUUAUUUUAAGUAGGCUGAGAAUGGAUGUUUGAACACUGUUUGUUCUUUAUGAACUGUACUGGACUCUACCGGGGGGGAAAGCCCCUGAAAUGCUGGAAGGAGAGAGGAUCUAGAGAAAAUAAUCUUAAAUGUAAAAUAUCUGAUGGAGUGCUCUAACACAAGCUGGAGUGCUAUCUGAUUUGACACAGGCCUCUGAGUAUUUGCACCCAGAAAUAAUCCUGUUUGGCUUAGUCAGGGUAUUUACCAUUUUGAGUGGAAUGCAUGAGGAAUGGAUGAAGAAAUGAUGUAAAUAUUCUAGGACCGUAUCUAUUUAUAGAAGACUGUACAGCUGUCUGAAUGUGAAAAUAAACUAUCAUUUAACCACU